GUUCCAUUAGCACUUUCCUUACAUCGUGAACCACGAUUGACGCCAUUCCCCUCGCCCAUGCCCCCUCGUUUCUCGACGGUCGCAAUUCUUCCUUGCCUUACCAGCUCCGUCGCGCCAUUCAUCCGGUCUCCGACCCCUCGCUUCCUUCGUAGAAUGGCAACCCUUCCCCCUGACAACCGCCCCAUUGUCGUCUCAGGCCCGUCCGGCGUCGGCAAGGGAACCCUCUACAACCUGCUCUUCCAGCGCCACCCCGACACCUUCACCCUCUCCGUGUCGCACACCACGCGCGCCCCGCGCGACGGCGAGCAGCAUGGCGUCCACUAUCACUUCGUCCCCAUGGAGCACUUCGAGGACCUCAUCUCCCGCGACGGCUUCGUCGAGCACGCGAAGUUUAGCGGCAACCGCUACGGCACAAGCAAGAUGACCAUUGAGGAGCAGACCCGCAAGGGCAAGGUCGUGGUGCUGGACAUCGAAAUGGAGGGCGUGAAACAAAUUAAGCAGUCCGACGUUCCGGCUCGCUUCGUCUUCAUCGCGCCGCCCGAUUGCGACAUCCUCGAGGCGCGCCUCCGCGGACGCGGUACUGAAACUGAGGAGAGCAUCCAGAAGCGCCUGGCCCAGGCCAAGAACGAGCUCGAAUACUCCAAGACCCCCGGUGUUCACGACAUCAUCAUCGUCAACGACAAUCUCGAGAAGGCUUACAAGCAGCUUGAGGACUUUGUAUACAAGCCUCUCGACGCCUGAAUGAAUCAUGAUAAUAUGACCAACUAGAUAGACGAUGCUAUAGGUUCGCAUAUGGCGGCCAUUCAGAAUAUUUGAAGCGAACACCGCAGCUUUCUUCUGCGUUAGUUUAGGCACAUUGGGAGCAAAACAGGCGCAGAUAACUCCCAUUACGAGGUGCCUACGUGGAGGUCUUGUCCCCUCUUCAUCCGUGCUCUGCAUGUAACCACUCUGUACGACGUGACAACAGACUCUGAUCGUAUGCGAGCGCGAGCUAAGAGGCCUGAUUAUAAGAUAGGGAGAAAUGGUAAAGAAGAGCCUCGUGGGCUUCAUGGGCUACUAAAGACAAAUUGAAUCGCGUGCAAACAACGUACAGCCAAC